AUGAAACCCGUGCAAAACAAUGGGAUGGUAUAUUGCUUCAUGCCAACUGGGUGCAUUCAAACAAACACUCCCAUCAUUGGAAAUGUGCAGACCGGUAAUUACAUAUUGUGUGAUGUUGGUGGUGAUGCAGAGUGUGUGAUUAAAAGAGCAAAAGCAAUUGGUCUUACGAAUUGUAUUGCAGUGUUUUUUACGCAUGGCCACUACGACCAUAUUGCCGGCGCCCAUGACAUUAAAAAACUGACCAACGCCCCACUUUGCAUCAACAGAAACGACGAGUAUUUAUACAACCAGGUCGAGAUGCAAAGAAAGUCCUUUACCCUUCCCGAAGUCGAGCAACCCCCACAAAUCGACUUUUUGAUGAACGAAGGUGACUCCAUAAAUAUCGAUGGAAUUGUUGGUGUCUUGAUUCACACGCCAGGUCACUCACCAGGGUCCUCUUGUUUAUAUUUUCACCAACAGAAUUUGUUGGUCACUGGAGAUACUUUAUUCGAAGGGUCUUGUGGGAGAACUGAUUUAUGGGAUGGCAACGCAAGACUUAUGAAAGAUUCAAUCAUUAACAAACUUUUCACGUUACCGAAAGAGACGAUUGUGAUACCGGGACAUGGUUCAAGAACUACCACUAUUGGGAAGGAGUCAAAGUCAAAUUUGAUUUCUUCUGUCGCUUGA